UAACUGGUAUAUUAUGUUAUCAUAAUUAUAGUAUAAAUGUAAGUAGAUACAAGAUUUUUUCGCAGACGAUCUUUAAUAAAUAUUCAAGACAACAUGUUCAACAUCCGAGAGAAAUAUAAUAUUUUUAAAUGUUAUAAACAAUUAUUCAAUUUUGACAAAUCUUUACAUAUAUAAGGAUAAAUUUGGAAUGAGUAAUCAUCUGAAUCCAAUUUUAAGUGAUGAAAAACAUAAUUUCCUGAAAAAUUCUCAAAAAACUAUUGAUAAUUUUAAUGAAGAUGAUAAAAUUUUUCCCAAUAAGGAUACACCAACAUAUCUGCUUGGAAAUGUCCCAAUACCACCAAAUCUUCCGAAUGGACCUACAUCAUCUCAGGAUUUAGGUUUCAAUGAAAAUUAUAAAAAAAUUACUUCCAAAUAAGUUUUGUUUUAACUAAUUUAAAAUUUAUUAAAUAAUUAUUAUUAAAAAAUUAACAUAAAUUAAAUUAUAGUAAAGUCUUUUUAGCGAAGAUUACGAUUGAAAAAUAAAGUUCAAAUGAAUUUUUUUUGUUGAGAUAAUUUUCUAAUUUUCGUAAAUCUAUAGAAGUGAUUUUUAAUUUUAAAAAAAUAUUCUUAGACUACACACAUAUGUUAAAUAUUUUUGUAAAUAAAGCAAUAUAUUUCUAAAAAUAAAUUAAAAUUUCUAAAUUCCUUAUUUCUAUUUCUGUUGUAUUAAAAAAUGAAAUUUCCCAUUGUAAUUGUUCAAAAUUCAUAUUUGGCAAAACAUGGUAUAAUAUACAAGUUGUACAAGCACCUAUGAAGAUUAAUCAAUUUCAGAGGUCGACAAUCAUUUGAAUAGAAAAAGAAUUAGUUUUUAAUUUAUUGAAUUCUUCAACUUUCGAUUUUAUUAUAUAUAAUGGACUGUGGAAUUUUGUCGUAUUUUAUUGUUUCCAUAUGUUUAACACAUAUUUUUGCAAGAUCUCUUAAUCACAUUCAUUUUGACGUGACGCCAAUAAAAUUAACAAAAACCCUAUCUACCUUACCACAUUCUAUUGAAAAAAUUGAUCAACACUUUUGGUCAAAUUCUCCAUCACAAGAACAAAAACAUUCGACAAAAUUGGGACAUUUUUCUAAACAUUAUAAUGAAGAAUCAAAUUUAAUUGAAAAUCAAAAUAAAUAUCAAUCUUCGAUUAUAAAUCCAAUUGAAAAUUAUUCAACGUUGUUUGAAUUGCCUAAAAAUCUUUCGAAAACAGAUAAAAUAACUGAAGGAACAAGAGCAGUAGAUGAGAAAAUUUUUGAUGAACAAUCUAGAGAAACUGAAAAUCGUUUAGAAAAAUUAAUGGAUAAAAAUUCUGAAAAAAAUUCUAAAGUUGAAAAAGUUUCUGAUAUGAAAAAAACAUCAAAAAGCAAUAGCGAAAUUGAUAUAAGUGAUCUUAUAAUUUUGGAUGAAUUAUCCGAAAAAUUAAAUGAUAAAUCAGUAUUUCAACAGGAAUUUUUACCAAAAACGGCAAAAUUAUUUUCACCAAUUCAUUCAACAGGGAAUGAUAUUUUUAAAGUUCCUUUUUUAAAAAGUGGAUUUUUGUUAAAUAAACAAAAACACAGUUCAAUUGAAAAUAUUAAAAACACUAGUAACAAACAAAAAGAUGUUGACUUUGAUGAAAGUAAAAUUAAAAAUCAACCUAAAGAUGAUUUAAUCAGUUUUGAUAGUAGAAAUCCUAUUUUAUUGUUUAAUAAUCCAAAAAAGAUGAUGCACCACUUUCAUCAGUCUCUUGGAAAUAUUUUUAAAUCUGAAAAUUCAAUUGACAAAUUUUCAUCAUUAAAACCUGAACUUGCAAUGACUACAAUUUUUAUUUCACCCAGUGAGACUGAUUCUAAAAUGGUUGAAAAAAUUUUCAGAACAAUAGGAGAACCUCUUUUCAUGCAAGAUGUUAGAACUGAUAAUAAAGAGGAAAAUAUAAUAAAUAUUUCAAAUGAAUUGGAUCAAGAUAGAGGAAAAAAUGAAACAAAGUCUAAGAAAGAAAAUGAAAAUUUAUUUCAUGAAGAACAGUCGAAAAAUAAUUAUCCAAAUUUUUAUCAAUUUUUAGAAAAGUUUAGCGAAAAAAUUUUUGGAACUGCCAUGAAAUAUGAACUAUUUAAUCAUUAGAUGACUCCAUCGCAAAGUUAAAGAGAUAUAUAUCAUCAAAGAAAAUAUUUGAAAAAUUAAUAUGUGUAUUAAAAAAAUAAUUGAUUACUUCAAAAUAAAGAUGAUUUAAAUUUCUGCUAUUAAUUUCAUUAAAAUAUUAUAUGUAGGUAUAUUUUUUAUAUAUGUGACGCGAUCUGAAGAAAAGGAGCUUAGAAGCAAAAAAUUAUAGGUUACGUUUAGAAAUUUUAAAGUGAAAAUACACAAAGACGUUCAACUCGUAAUGCAAACUAAUGAUAUUUAGGUCUUCAUUGCAUCCAAAAUAUUCAAUAAAAACUGAUUUCAGUUUUACAAAAACAAAAAUAAACUUUUAGUUCAAGUAAAACUAUUGUAAACAUAACCAAUAAUUCAUUUGCUUCUAAGGUCCCUUUCUUCAGAUCGCGUCACAUAUUUAUUUUUA